AGUACUCAAAGCCAGUUUAAUAAAUUAAAGUCUAUGUCUAUGCGCCAGCUGUCAUUCAUUCAAUUUCAAUUCAAUAUUGAAUUUCGUUUCGAACGCUUUGAAGCGUUUUUAUAAUUAAACAAAUAGUUUAUAGUUUUUAAUCAUAAAUUCAAAAUGGACGUCUUUCUGAUGAUUAGGCGAAAAAAAUUAACUAUCUUCACAGACGCCAAGGAUACAACGACUGUUCUAGAAUUGAAGAAAAUGAUAGAAGGUAUCUUGAAGGUGGCUCCACCAAGUCAGAUGCUGUUCAACAAAGACAGUCAGCUGAUGGAGGAUGAGAAGACACUGGCAGAGUACGGCCUCACCUCGGCCACUGCUAAAGCUCAGUGCCCGGCACCUAUUGGACUGGCUUUGAGAAAAGAGAAUGGUGAAUUUGAAGCCCUGGAGUUGACUCCAUACUCCUCACCCCCCGACCUGCCAGAUGUGAUGAAAUCUCAGGAAACUAACGGACAGGAACAGAUGGACCAACACUAAGCGACCGGCGACUGCACAACAACGCGACUCAACUUCGUGUCCAAGCGAUUUUAGUUCACAACGAAUGUGCGCCUAGCCUGGCCAGUGGUCGCCGAACUUUAACUUCAACAAAAACAAAUUGCGUCAAUUUUUAGGGUUCUAAACGAACGUACAUAAAUGGAACCCCCAAAAGAUCACUCGUGAACUAUUUGUUUUGCUGUAAAAUACAAUAUUUAUUAUAAAAUGUGCUUGGUAUGGAUAGUUUAUUUAUGUAAUUUGUGAAAAGUUUGCAUAACUAUGAAAUCACAUAAAAGUGUCCUAAUGCUGAAUAAGAAAGUUUGUGUGCUAAAGUUUGACGGCCACUGACUAAAAUGAACGGUUCAGACGAUAUGUUAAUUACUUAUUGAAUUAUUUAAUGACGCUAUUACACUAUCAUAUGCAAGUUUUGACCGGUUUGAUUCCUCUGCGUUCUUGAGCCUUGCAUUAUCUAUAUGAUCAUAGACAUUAUGUUACAUAAAAAUGAAAGGAGGUUGGCGAAAAUGGGAUUCACACUAAAGUGUCGUACACUCUUAAAAUUAUAUUAAUUUAAACUAUUACUUUAUAAGAUGCUUGUAAAAAAAAAUAUUGAGAUUUUACAGAACGGGAACCAAAAGAAAAAAAGUGCAUUUUAUUAACAAAAAAGUCUUCUGCAAAAGCGCCUUGUCGUAUUUAUGAAGCAAUUACGCAGUUGUAUGUUUUUCACAUUUAUGUAUAGAUAGGAUACCUACUAAUUUAAGGUAUAUCUUUUUUCUCCCUGCUUUUUAAGAAUGCUUACCAUUUACUGUUUUCUUAAUUUAAUCACGAUAAAUAACUAAUAAUAGUUCAGCUAAUAAUCAGCUAAAUACAUGCAAUCUCGCCAUUCUCAUUAGAAUGAUUUGUCAGUAACUACGUAACUAUGGUGAAUAUUGUCUAUGAUCAUAGAUCUGUAUUUAAUAUCAAAACAAAUAUGAUUGUGUUCAAUCUUCGAUGUUAACGAUGUUAUGUAUGUCUUAGAUAGAGAUCUUCAGUGUAAACAUUUGUUCUGAAAAAUAUGAUCAUCAAUUUUGACAGCUCUGAUAUAUGUCAUCUUAGACAAGUUAUAUGAUAAUGUAAUAGCACACUAAAACAUAUUUUGUUAACAAUUUUUUUUGACUGAAUUGCCAGGUCCAGUAGUGAAACAUUAUGAUUACAUUUAAGAGUUGUCGCCCACUAUAUGGGACUGUGAUAACACCUACUGGAAACGUUAAAAUAACAAAUUAAGGCAAACUUAAAUGGAUAUCUGUAAUUUAAGAUCAGUAUUCUAAAAGUAACCCUGAAACACGCGUGAUUUUAAGAAAUUUUACAAAAUUUUAUUUCAUUUAGUCAAAAUAUACUUUUUCUGUAAAAUUUCGCGUUACGUGUUUGUUAAAUAUUUGAGGCACCAAAUAUCUCUGAGACAGACCAUCAAUAGGAACGUAAAUAGUUAUACCAUAACUAUCUCGCAUUCAAUUAAAUACCAACUCCUACUGGACCUUUUUAUUUUAUUAUAUUAUUAUUUGUAAAUGGUCCCAUAUAGUGGGUGGGUUAUGGAGGGUGUUAUUUGUUCUAGUUUACUAACGCUGCAAUUUUAUUAACAUUGUGCUCAGGGCCUUAUUCUCUAUGGCGUUUUAAUUAGUUUCAAGUAAAUUUCAAAGUCAAAGGCCCAGAGUUGUGUGACUCGUUUCACUUGUGUAUAAAACCCUCCAUUAGGACUUGAUAUUGAUUUUGUUAUUUGUAACAUUUUUGUAGCGCUUCAUGCUAAAUGGUUUGUAGUUAACUACUAAACAGACAGGUAUUUUUUUUUUAAUUUUUAAUGCUGCACUACUAUAAGACACCACUACAGGUCGCUCAUGCAUGUCAUAGAGUGCCAAACAUUUAAACAAUUAAACUAAAUUAAUUCAAAAAUCGACAAUAGUUGUAAAUAAUAGUAUUUAAAUUGUUAUUCAUGUUCUUGGCAAAUAAAUGGCUGUAAGGGAUGACAAACUUCGUCAAAAUAAUAGUUGUUUUUCAAACGCUAAUAAAUGUUUUUCAAACAGUACAAAGUUUGGCCCUAAAUAAAAUGUAUACUGUUUUGGUACUGAUUUUAUUGGAGUUUACUCCAUAAGGAUCGAGGAGAAAGGUAUGAAAAAAUUUGGGCAGUAAAAUUCGAUGAACGAAUGAUAGCAUUACGUUUUUUGUGCGCAACCUAUUCUGCGCACCUUUCACCGCGCGCACUACGCGGCCUGCUGCUCCUCGGUUGCGCACCUUUCACUUUUCAUAGUCAAUGCUGCGAGGCAACACAGUCGAUCUGAAAGAGUAAACUCCAUUCGUGCGUCGGAGCUGACACACACUUUUUUUUUGUUAGCUGCAACUGUUUUGGUCUCAUAUAGUAGUGGGGCCAAUAACGUGAUACUUGUAUUUAUUGCAACUAGUCGUUGCGUCUCGAUUACAGUAGAAUUAAUGUCACUAAUCGAUCAUUGAAGUUCACCCGACUGUCCUAGUGAGUACGACAACAGUAUCAAUUCUAUUUAGAACUAAACUAAAAUGGAUGGGACUUAGUGUCGCCGCACACGGGCCACGCGCGACAGCUACAAACGCCGCCACAAGAAGCAAGAAGGGGAGUAGCUGAAGCGCGCGACAGCCGGCCGGCUUGUGGCCGAUGGUCGACACUUGUGGUCGGUGGCUGCUACUUUUUUUAACCCACACAUGCAGUAUCUUAAACGGUGGCGUUUAGUGGCCGGUGCGGGCCACAAGAAGCGAGCAGCGACGAUUGUAGUGUGUGGCAGCCACAGGCGUCAACCGUGUGCGGCGAGUCCAUAUAAAAUGUAUGAAAAUUACAGGAAAUAUGUCGAUAGCGGCGUUUUGUGGUUGUGGACGGUGGCCCAUGUGCGGGAGCCCUUACAAUAAAUAUUUAUGUGUCAUUUUUCUGUGUUCCCUUAAGAAACGAGGCUUUCAUUUAGUUUAGUUCAAUUCAUUUUAGUUUAGUUUUUUUUGUAUAAAAGAAUCGAUGCUUAGUAUUUCGAGUUAACAUUUUAUAGUAUUGAGAGCUCUUAUAGUUCUGCUUGUAAUGAUCUGUAUGUGUUGUUUAUUUUGCUACAUUUAGCGACUGAUCUUUAGUGACUUCAUGGUUUAUUUUCAAAUGUUUAAUAUUAAUUAUCAUCAAGGUUUAUAAACUAAUCCAUAGUACCGUGCCAGAUAUGUCCUGGCUCAAUAAAGUUAACGUUGACAGAUAUGGUUUUGAUUACUUACAGGCUUGUUCUCAACUUCUUAUUAAAUCGUGCUAAACAAUUCAAAUAUCAAAGCCUCUUCAAUACCUCAUAUAGAUGUAUUACAAAAAUAUUAUUAGUUUUCGAUUUUACAUUAUCCAGCCCUUAAAGAUUCGGUACUAUGUAGUUAGCAUAUAAACCUUAAACUAUACUUAACUCAAUAUUAAGUAAUGUCACAGCUUUAUGCUUUUCACACGCGACUGUUCUUUGUAAGAAAUGUAUUGUUUAACUUACAGGAAAACUUUGUCAGAGGUUAAUGUUCCAUAACUAGGUUUUAUAACGGCUUAAACUACAUAUUCUAAAAUUAUUUAAAUUUUUGUAAAAAAAAACUACAUUUCAAUCGUAGACAUGCCUCACACCAUAAAACUAAGUAACGUUGAAGUGAAAUAGUUACCUAUUUGCUGUUCUGCAAAAUUAUUGUUUGCCGCCAGUUCAUAAGACAGUAUUAUAUGAAAGUAGCGAAAAAUUCAAUGUCAUGAUGUCAGUAUGAAAUCACUGUCUACUCUGUACUACAUUAAUUCCAGUCAGUAAAAUGACAAGUGCAACUGUCACUGAAAUGUCAUUUUACUGACUGGAAUUAAUAAUCGUACUUAACAUUGAAUCUUAUGAUUAUUAAUUCCAAUCAGUAAAAUGACAUUUCAGUGACAGUUGCACAUGUCAUUUUACUGACUGGAAUUAAUAAUCGUAAUAAAGUGGAUAAACAAGAAUUUUUCGUACUGAUUUCAUAUUACUAAGACUAUGUUUUUGAAAUAAAUUAAUUUUAAUGUGACUGCAUAUUUACGAUUGACAAGCAGGUUAACCUAUGAAAGCUCAACUGAAUUGCUCUGAGCUCCAAAUAAUAGCGUAUGAAAUAAUCUAUCUCUAUUAUGAAAAAAUUGUUUAUGGUUUGCAUUCUCAGAGCAUCUACCAAGUUGUAAUUUUUAAUAUGUUAGGGUUAAUGCACAUUAUACUACAGAUCAUUGUCACAUUUCAAUCAUCUAUCGCCUUGCUGUCUCAUUUUAGUCCCCCAUUAAUUGUGUAAAAACAUUAAUUAGUUAUAAAUAAUAAUAAUUGAUGUUCCACAUUCUGUAACUAGUCCUAUUAUGAACAAAUAAAACUUUUUAUAAAUCGAAA